UUCUGCAACACAAGUGAAUUAAGGAAGAAUACCACAUUUUUUUCCAAAGCAAUUUUCAACAUUUUUUGUUUUAAACGUGAAAAUAAUACAGUAAAAUGGGUCGAACAAAUAGGUCUAGAAAACGCAGGGACGAAAUGAAUAGAAUUAAGAGAGAAAGAUAUGCAAAAAAGGAACUAAUUAGAUUAAAGAAAACACUUGGUAUAAUUGAUCAAGGUGAUGAGAUUAUGAAAGAAGUAGAAGAAAUUGCAAUUAUCAAAAGUGCGAAAGAAAUAAAAAAUGCAAAGAAAAAUGAAGAUAAAUUGUUACGACUUGAAUUAGAUGAAGAACAUAGCAAAGGAGAAAUUGUAGAAGUUACGAAUGAAAAAACAGGAAAAGUACAAAAGUUUAAUACCAAAACUAUGAAAGAUCAAAAUGGUAAAUUUCCGACAUGGUACAAACCGAGAAAAACUCCAAAAAAAAUACGCAAAAUGGAUCACGCUAGGAAGCUAAAGUUUAAGCAGCAAUGGACAACUACGAACGUUCCACUAUGAAAAUUUCAAAUAUAAUUUAAAACAAGAUAUACCGGA